AUGAAAGUUGGACAUGAAGAUAUUUUUAAUAAAGAAGGAGGGAAAGCUUACGAUUCGAGACUGACAGCGAUCAAUAAAGAUGCUCAGGUAAAGAAGAAUCUAUGGCUAACGGGACAUUACAAAGGUUUUCUUGUACCAGAAGCUGCAAAGAAUCCGAUUAUUCUUUAUGGCACAGCCUAUAGAAUAUGGAAUCGAGCUAACGAGAGUGAUGUUAAAGGGUUCCCUGGGUUCAAAAAAAUCUCAAAACACGAUAAUCGUGGAAGACCACUUAUCUUGAUCAAAGAACAUAUUCAGUUCUUGCUCAAAUAUGUUGAAUAA